UCCAACUGCAAACUCACCUGCCUCGGUGUGUACCACUCAUAAAUGGCCUCAUCUCUGCCUUUGGUGCUGGGGAAAGGAGGAUCUGGCAUCACCAGAACUUUCCAGGGAAACUUAACUGUCGCUAGUCUACCCCCACUGACUUGAGAGGUUAUUUAUGAUUGCCAAAUCAGCAUAAACAAGGAAAUCACCAGGCAUACACAUAUUUCACAGCUUUUACCAUCUCAUCAUAAACUGGCCAGGAGCCUAUGGUGACAUCAAAUCCUCAAUUAUUGGAACCAGGCUUUAAAAUUUCUGAGAGCCCAAAUUGUCGAGCUAGCAGGUACUGAAGAGGGUGGAUCUGAGUGGUCAGGCCUGGAAAAAGUCUCCCACAAAAGCCACAGGGGCAUGGUGUCUACCGUACUGAACAGUAUGGAGAAGAUUUCCAACCACAGGAAGUUUUAACGUGCUCAAGAAAUGGCGCUCAUGAAGCUAAGUGACAGGACAUCUCUGCAGAUGAUGACAGUUGGGAAGGAACAACAGUUGACUGAGAAAAACAGUGGCUUUCUCCAAAAUAUGGAUGCGGCUCAAGGUGCAAAGCAGAAUUUGCUGAGGGGAUUUACCAAAAUGGACCACAUCUUGGACAGAUCAGAUGAUAAGGACAACACUUUCUCCGAAAAGCCUCAAACUGCCUUCCUUCACGAGACAGAGACGACUAAAUGGAAUAUGGCAGAGCUGGAGGCUGAGCAUCACCGGGACCAACAGAAUGAAUGGGAGGAGCAAGAAACAAGUCAGGUUCAACACGAGGAUCCUGACAUGUCCACAUCUUUGCAGUUUUCCAAGGAGAACAUCCCUGAACUGACUCGGGAAAACACAUUCUUUCAGCUGAACUACUGGAAUUCACAGAUGGGUCUACAAGUGAAAGAACUUGGAGCCGAUCACAUAGGCUGGAUGGAGAAAAUCAAUAAUAUUAUCCGAAAAAUAAACCUAACAGAAGACACAAUGAAGAGAUUAUUAAAUGAGGUGAUAUCUCUGGAGGGUCAAAUUGAAAAGCUAGAGUCACACCAGGACCUUGGCGCUGAUCAGGGAGCAAACAUUGAGGAGAAGAUCAUGGAAAUUAAAAAGCAAAUAGAAGAAAUGGAUAACAACUAUGUCCAGGAAGAUGCUUGUAAUGAAGCUCAUGAAUUAAAGGAAAAACUCAUUGCAAGAAUGAAGAACUUUUACAAAGACAUGACUCUGAUUAGUACAAAGCUGGGAGUGUACCAAAUGCAAGAAGGGAAAACAGACUCUCAGAGUCCUGAAGAAAUGGUCAUGGAAGAAAGUGAGCGCCUGCUUCCUCAGGCUCCACCACCCCCUUCAGUACAGAACAGUCCUGCCAGGGUUACAGUGUGGAAACGUGCACUGAGGAUUUUCAUCAUGUUUUAUGUCCUCAUCUUCACUGGACUUUCAUGUUAUAUCCUAUUUUUUGAUGCUACGUUUAUAUUUGAAAGCUUGCUCCCCACAAUGCUUGGACGCCGCAGAAUGUGGGAACUUCGGGAGAUCAUUGCACCUUUCUUAAACUUGGAAGUGGAAGACUUGUUACCUUUCUAGAGAUUUGGAAGUUACUGUUACCCUACUGAUUUUCUCCUUAAUAAAAUUCUGGCUGUCCUUGUAUUAUGUUGGU